AAUGGGCUGAUGGUGCUGAAAAUACUACAUUAUAAAUUUCAGUACCCCCGCGUUGAAGACGUACUGUUCGAAGUGCCCAUCGAGCCAUCGCGUCAGAGGCGAGCCGCCAAAUCUGAGCCAAGUUUUGAGCCACUUCGCAUCUACUUGCACUACGAUAAAUCCGUUCUUGAAUUGUCAAGUGAGAAGCAAUUGUUUGUAAAUAGUUCACUUCUACCAGAAGCUGCCGGUUACUGGGAGAAUGCGCUUCGUGUUGCUCGUACUGACGGUCCGAUUCGCCUUCGGCGCAAAUGCGUUUCUUCCUACUACUACUUUCAAAACGAAAAGAAGACAGUAGCAUGCGAUCGAGGCUGUCGCGAAUGGACCACUUGCGGUGACGCCAUCAUUCCACAAGAACACCUACUGGUCAGUUUACUCGGAACGCUUUCCGUUAAGUGGAACCUUGAGGACGCAGAUUUCGUGCUUUAUGUGACGGCGAUUUCGACGAAGCGAUGCGAUAGUGUGGAUACACUUGCUUACGCCGCUCACUGUCAACAGGAAGCUGUCCUUGACAGACCAGUCGCCGGGCAUGUGAAUCUGUGCCCAUCGGCCCUGUCCACACAUCGACAUGAUAGAGAGAUCCUGCUGUCAACGGUGAAGCACGAGAUUCUGCACGCACUUGGCUUCAGUGUGGGACUUUAUGCGUUUUUUCGCGACGAGCACGGAAAGCCGCGUACAAAACGGAAUCGUUACGGAAAACCGAUUUCGCUAAACAAAGAGUUGGGUUACUACGAUUGGGACCGUAGCACAAUCACCACGUUGCUUCGACAGGAUUGGUGGACAGGAGACGGCAGGGUUGUGCAUCCUGUCCACAUGGUGGUCACCCCACGUGUUGUCGACGAGGCUCGUCGCCAUUUCGCCUGCGGCUCACUGGAGGGAGCCGAACUGGAGAAUCAAGGCGGCGACGGCACGGCGCUCACACAUUGGGAGAAGCGCGUAUUCGAGAACGAAGCCAUGACUGGCACUCACACUCAGAAUCCAGUGUAUUCGCGCGUGACCCUGGCCCUUCUGGAGGACAGUGGAUGGUACAAGUCCAACUACGAAAAAGCCGAAGAGCUGCAUUGGGGUCGAAAACUCGGUUGCGAUUUCGUAAAGAAGAGUUGCGGUGAAUGGAUAAAAACUAAAAUCGACAAGUUGGUCCAUACUUCUUCUUUUCAAUUCACUUCUUUUAUGGAUUUUUUCUGCCUUUUUGUGAAGAACUGCCUACACCAUUUUGCAAUGAGAUCAAACAUGAUGGAACAAAGUCACUGGCCGUUACCAGGUAGAGCUGAGUUGGCUACGAACAGAACACCACAUAUAUGCGGAUGUACAUCUCAACGAGACUCUUUGGCACUUUGCAACCUUGUGCCAUAUAAAAAGGAGCUACCGGUGCAAUUUCGGAAUUUCGCUGCAAUCAACGGCGUUUCAGAGGUGGGCGUGAAGCACUACGGGGGCUCAGUAGAGCUGGCCGACUUCUGUCCGUACAGCCAGGAAUUCGAAUGGAAAUUGCCAAACACGACAAUACGACGAGACUCGCGAUGCGAGCUGGAGGGCAACAAUCGGGAAGGAGAAGAUAUCUUGGAGGUAUAUGGAACAUCGUCGCGAUGUUUUGAUUUCAAACAACCGUGGGUAGAGCGGAAAUGUGGCCGAACGAGGUCGUUGUCGCACUACAUGGCCGGAUGCUAUGAGAUCACCGACGGUUGGCUUCGCGAAGGUGUGAUAGUGUGUCCGGCUUGUCGUGAACUCUGUUCACAGUGUAAAACGCAUGAAAAGACGAAAUUAUAUAUUGGGGACCCUGAUCUUGAUGAGCCUUGCUCAGGCUCAUUGUUAUCAAUACGGAUCUCACUUUGCGUCGUUUUGGGACUUCUUGUCAAAGCCGUUUAA